UUUGAGGUGGGCUGUGAAUCACCCCAAGAUGAAACUUGCCGAGGUUGCGUAGAGUCGGAUGCGAUUCCUUUCCAGGCUCCAUCGGGGAGUUUGGACGAGCCGGACGCCGUUGCCAGUUUGCCCACUCCUGGUGACAUCUUGGUGUCCUACUCAACCUUUCCAGGUUUUGUGUCCUGGAGGGACAAGGUGAGUGGCUCGUGGUAUGUGGAAACCCUGGACAGUGUGCUGGAACAUUAUGCCCGUUCUGAAGACCUGCUAACCAUGCUGCUCCGGGUGUCAGACAUCGUGUCCACCAAGGGGAAGUACAAGCAGAUCCCAGGCUGUUUCAACUUUCUACGUAAGAGAUUCUUCUUCCUGUGCAAAUGAUGUGGGGUUGUCGACGUCCCAGUCAACGUGAGGGACAGCUUCCCUGUGGCUGGAUGAAAGCUGUCCCUGCUGUGACUUGAACCAGGUGCUCCUGGUGACUGCUGUCUGGCUUUGGAGGGGUCUCUGCUGAGAAACGCAAUCUGUGAGUGCUGUGGUUGGGGUGAUCACCCCCAAGAUGAGGAGUGGCCCUGUCCCAACCUGCAGGGACAAUCUGUUGUAGGGAAGAUGCCGUAGCAGGGGUGUUGGGCUUGAUGCUCUCCAAAGGUACCUUGCAACCCCUGUGAUUCUAUGCCAGUGGUGGGAAGGGGGAAGGGAUGUGUGUUGGAAUCCCCAGAGUGUGCCAGCCCAGUGAUCGCACUGUGGAGUGAGGGCCUCCUGCUGUGCUGUGGCUGUGCUCUCCUUCCUGGUGCGACUGCAGUGGAUUGGAGGAGUGAAUGGAACCAAUGGCUGGAGUCAAUGGAAAUACAUGAUUUUUGCAACAAGGGAUUUUUCUGUUUGAGCGAAACAAAAGCCAAGAGGAAAAAAAACAAACCCAGAAACUUU